CGCCGCACUUCCUGACUUUCCUGUGUUGAUGUUGACCGAUGUAACCUGUUUUAAGUCAAACGGUAGUGGAUUUCUGGUGUUUCUCAUCUUGCUAACGUCACCAUUUUGCUUAUCCCGCCGCUUUGCGAUUGAAUAAACGUAGAAUAAAUCAGAUUUCCGGUUGCCUGCCUCUGUAAUUCAGCUGUUUUGUGUUGUGUUUCUUGAUUUGGCAUGCUGUCAUCAUCACCAGACCUGGUCGUUUGAAGGUGACAGCUGCUCACUGAGAUUUGCUGUGGGCACAGCAGGUUUGAUGCCCACUGCUCCAACAUGGAGCCCUCAGAUGUGCUCACACACAAGAACGGGCGGCAGAGGAAGCUGGCGGGUGCCACUCUCCCAAAUGACAACAUGAGGGACAUGGACAGGGGAGAGAGGAGUGCUUCUGAGCCGGACAUAGAAGAUGAGGCAGAGGGUCUUAUUGGAGGGUCGGAUUCAGAGGACAGAAGGCACAGAGUCCGGCCUGGGAUCCGUGGCGAGUUGGGCAACGUGUUGCUUCUUCUGUUUCUCUACGUGCUGCAAGGGAUUCCUCUGGGACUGGCUGGCAGCAUCCCUCUGAUCUUACAGAGCAAGAGUGUCAGCUAUAAAGACCAAGCCUUCUUCAGCCUUGUCUUCUGGCCUUUCAGUCUCAAGCUUCUCUGGGCACCACUGGUGGAUGCUCUCUACUUCAGCAGGUUUGGUAGAAGAAAGUCAUGGCUGGUGCCCACACAGUACCUGCUGGGCCUCUUCAUGCUCUACCUUUCCAUAACAGUAAAUUCACUGCUGCAGAGUGAGGGAGGACCAAACGUGGUAAUACUUACUGCAGUCUUCUUUAUGCUCGCCUUCCUGGCAGCCACACAGGACAUAGCUGUGGAUGGCUGGGCCCUGACCAUGUUAUCCAGAGAGAAUGUGGGUUAUGCAUCUACAUGCAACUCUGUAGGCCAGACAGCUGGCUACUUCCUGGGGAAUGUCCUCUUUCUGGCUCUGGAGUCUGCUGACUUCUGCAACAAAUACCUCAGAAUAGAGCCUAAGGACACAGGAAUCGUUACCUUGUCAGACUUCUUGUUCUUUUGGGGAGUGGUGUUCCUGGUUUCCACAACGCUGGUAGCCGUUUUUAAAAGGGAAAAUGAGCACAGCAAAGGGAAGAGGAGAGUCCAGGAGGAGACACAGGGUGUUAUGGAAACCUACAGGUUGCUGCUGUCGAUUAUCAAGAUGCCAACAGUCUUCACCUUUUGUAUCCUGCUUCUCACUGCUAAAAUGGGUUUCUCUGCAGCAGAUGCAGUGACAGGUCUGAAGCUGGUGGAGGCUGGUGUCCCUAAGGAGCAGCUGGCGUUGUUGGCGGUGCCCAUGGUGCCUCUGCAGAUUCUUCUACCAGUAGUCAUUAGUAAAUACACAGCAGGGCCCCGACCUCUUGACAUCUUCUACAAGGCCUUUCCUUUUAGGCUGCUUAUAGGCCUGGAGUAUGCUCUGCUGGUGUGGUGGACCUCCAGUGUAAAACAAGAAGGAGGGUUCCCUGUUUACUACUAUGCUGUAGUGCUGCUUAGCUACGCAGUGCAUCAGGUGGCGUUGUACAGUAUGUACGUGGCCUGCAUGGCCUUCCACGCCAAAGUGAGCGACCCACUCAUCGGCGGGACCUACAUGACCCUGCUGAACACGGUCACUAACCUGGGAGGAAACUGGCCCUCCACUGUGGCUCUGUGGAUGGUGGAUCCGCUGACCUCUAAGGAGUGCCAGGGGGCUGUCGGCCAGAGCUGUGGCUCUCCAGAAGAGGCGGGGCUGUGUGUUAAGGAAGGCGGUGUUUGUGUGACGACACUGGACGGCUACUACGUGGAGUCAGUGGUGUGUGUUGUGAUUGGUUUAGCGUGGUGGAUCUGGUUAGGGAAGAAAAUGAGGCGGCUGCAGGAACAGAGCCCUGCCGCAUGGAAGUGCAGGAUUAACUAGUGACGACUCUCCGUCAUCAGCACCACAGACUCUUCCUGUUGGACUGUACCUCUGCAUAUUCUGCUCCAAAAACAGCUAAAUGCUGGACAUACUCUUAAUUCCAUCCUCAUCCGUCUGGUUUAGUUCCCUUGUUCCUGCUCUAGCUGCUACAACCACUCUCACACUCUCACCUCUGUCACACUGACAUACAUAAAUCUGAAGACAUACACCGUUGUUGUCUUCUGUGGAGGUAAAAGCCUUCUUGUCAUUACUCAUGCUAAGUGUAACUGUAACAGUGUCCUUCCGAGAACUGCAACCGUUCAGACUGGUUUAGAUCUUUUAUAGAAAAUUUCAAAUUGUUGUUUUUUUCUUUUCUUCUCUCAAACCAUAUUCUGCUGCUUGAAAUAGCUUAACCAAACCAGAGCUGGGUCAAAGAGUACUACUCGUUUUAGCUUGCAUGGAUCGCCAGAUGGUUGGGUUUGCUACUUUUAAUCAUCGCAACAGCAGCAAAAAUAACUUCUUCUUUUUUUUUUUGAGCCCUCCAAUAUUUAGAAACUUGUGAUUUCAGCAAACUCAACACUGCACACUCACGUUCAUCCUCCUGGAGCAGUGGUUGUUUAUUCUAUAUUAAUGGGUACUAAAGGGAGAAGACAGGGAAAUGUAGAGAUGAAUGAACUGCGUUGUCUUCUCACACUGGGAGCUGGGAGCUUUAACAGUGUCUCUACUCUACAGCCUCACUGUGGUAUUUAGGCCAAAGUAACAGGAGCACUUAUAUAAUAUAAUAAGACAUGUACAUGUACGUGACAUAUUUUCAUGUUCUUGUCUCAAGCUCCCUGAACUCAACCCAUCUGGUAAUCCAAGUAAGUCAAACCUAGACUGAAUUUAACUGAAUUUGGCUCAGAUCUGAGAUGACUUUUUAUGAUUAUUUAAAUGUUUUUUUUCCUCUGAAGUUCUUUGUGCCUUGUUUAGCUUUGAAGACAUCACCCAACCUGGUUUGAGCUGUAGUUACAUAAUCAAGGCAGGGAAUAUUACAGUUAUUUGAAGAUGCAGUUGUGAUAAUAUAAUGUAGUUUGAUAGAUUACACUCAAAAACUUGUCUGCUUUCAUUACAUCAGUUAGUUUUCUCUUGUUAUUUACAUACUCCAGAGUGUGAAUCUGAGUAUACAUUCCUUAUGAAGACUUUAAUUUGCACAGUGAUUUAUGCAUAUUAUAUAACCAAUAUCACUGAUAAAUCGACUGCAAUGUAUAAGAUAUUAAAUGCUUUUUUUUGUUGGAGCAGUUUUUUAUUUUUCCAAACUCUCCUUGAACUUGAUUAGUUUUAUCCAUUAAAGUACCAGUCUUUAUAUCAAUCUUUAAUAGUAACACCGGACAGUGCAGCGUUUAACUGUUAGAGCAUCUUGGCUAUCAGUACAGCCUGGUUGGUAGUUUUAAUUUGCAAGAAGAAAACUAAAAUCCAAAAUAUCUUCUGGUAUGAUUUUACUCUGGGUAAUGGUGAUUCAUGUCAUAUUUAUUUUUUUCAGUGAGGUCCUAGCAGAGUUUUUUAGAUGCAUUUCUUAUUGUGAUAUGGUAUCCUGUAUACUCAUUCUUAAUGCAACAGUUUUACUACGGGAGUGGUUUAAUUUAAAUAUUUUAACAUUCAUAAAGCCUGUCAAAAAUCUAUAGUGUAGAUCAAGGAUCCCUUGGUAGAUUCCAUCAGUGAGCGUUACUGAGUUUGACCUGUAAUAAGUUCUGCUCGGCAGGUAUGAAUCUUCUCUGAGAAGCCUUGUUCUAGACUAUAAGCUUUAUUACUGUAGCACAUACAGUUGAUGGAUUUAAAAUACUCUUCAUUUCUCGCCCACAAAACAAUUCAGAUCCCAGACCAGCAGCCUGGUGAGGAACUUGAUAAGUAAAUGCUCUGCGUACAGUUUUGCAUAUUAUACAUAGAACUGAAUGUUACAGUAUAUUCUCUAAAGCCAGCAACAAAAAUCCAACUGCUCUGUCAAAUGUAGAUGUUGAAGUACACAGUCAGGGUUGAUGAAAGGAAGGAUUGUUUUUUUUCUUUUACUCAUUUUACAUAGUUUCCCAUUUUUGAUUCUUACUUUAUGAAGCACAGGUAAAAGGUCAUGUAUUUUUGGAUUCAGAUAUUUUUUUCAGACGUCAUUACACACUGUCACUACCUGGUACUACAUUAUUGUGCUGUGAUGUUUUUUGGGCCUUUCAUGUUCAUUUGUGCCAGUUCAUCACUGUUGAUAUGACAACACUUCAUCCUGAGAGCCUUUCUGCCAUUAACAGGGCACUAUGUUUGCUGUUUAGAUUUUUUUUGUGACAAAUCUUUUAGUAGAUAGACUGUGUGACUGUUCAUGUUUUGCAACAUAUGCAUUCCUUUUUGUAAUAUUUUUAGACUGGGGUUUCAUAUUAAUCUGGUAAAUGAGCUACUGUUAUUGCAGCAGCAGAAAAUUAAAUGAUUUCCAUGUAUUUAAGCUCAUGUUACCUCAUAACCCUUCAACGUUUUUGCCUAAUUUUUGUUUACAAUGAAUCCAAAUCCCCAAUCAAACAAGGAAAAUGAUAGAACAGGGUGAGUGUAUGGUGAGAAAUUGAAAUACACUAGCAGCAGUAUACAGACAAUGUUCUUACCAUGAAUUUUGACAUUCAUAUGAUGCAAUAUUGAUGACAUUUGAAAGAAAUCUUAUAUGUAAUAAAAAAAAAAAAUACACACA